CACAAGGCAGGGCUACUCUCGGGAAUGCUAUGUGCCCCCUCCGGGAGCCCACGCUCCAGCGCUGCUCCACCUUGCCUGCUCCCCACCUACUUUUCCAUGACCCUGGGCUGCGGCCGCUGCCCCGCUGUCCUCCGCAAUGUUUCCUAGCCCUGUGACAACGACGCCCUUCUCGGUGAAGGAUAUUCUGAACCUGGAGCAGCAGCAGCAGAGCGGCCUGGGCUCCAUGGAGCUGGCCUCGCUGGCCUCCCCGUCCUGCAUGCUGGCCAGCUUCAAGCAGGAGGCGUUCAGCGCCGAGCCCCCGGCCCUGGCCGAGCUGCGGGAGGAGCUGCCCGAGCCGCCCCCCGGAAAAACCGCGGCCGCCUUCCCCGGCUCCUACUACGGGAAAAGCUACGUGGAGAUGGACUCGGCCAAGGAGGCCAAGGCGGACAAGAAAGAGCUGUGUUCCCUACACAAGAGCCUGGAGCAGGAGAAAAGAGACCUGGAAGAUCCCGAACGCCCCAGACAGAGGAAAAGGAGGAAACCUCGCGUCCUCUUUUCUCAAGCCCAAGUGUACGAACUGGAGAGAAGGUUCAAGCAGCAGAAAUACCUCUCGGCCCCGGAGAGGGACCAUCUAGCCAACGUCCUAAAGCUCACCUCCACCCAGCUACAACGCCUACCCCGCGUACAGCAACUACAACAGCCCCGCCUGCAACGCCAACUACAACUGCAGCUACCCCUCCAUGCAGCCCGUGCAGCCCUCGGCACCCGCCAACAACUUCAUGAACUUCAGCGUGGGGGACUUGAACUCCGUGCAAACUCCCAUCCCGCAGGGCAACGCGGGCAUCUCCACCCUGCACGGCAUCCGAGCCUGGUAGAGCCGCCCGUGCCGGGGGCAUCGGGACACUGCCGGGGGCAUCGGGACACUGCCGGCGGCAUCGGGACACUGCCAGCCUGCGGGGCUGGCUCAGCGGGGCAUCCCGGCGGAUCUCAGCGGUGUGGUGCCCAUGGACGGGCUGGGUUUGGGUGUUUGCGGUGUUUCGUGCGGGGCCAGGCAAGCACCGGCGGGGGAUGCCCGCAUUUCCCGGCCCCUCUCGCUGCCUUCCACCCGGCUCUUCGCCCCGAUAAUUCCCCUCCUUCCUUCCUACAAACCAGCCGGUAAUUCGUGUGACUUGUUCCCAACAACACCCAGCCAAGCCCUGCAACUCUCUCCUUUUUUUUUUUUUUUUUUAACUUUUACUCUAUACUAAUUAUUAUUGACAUCCACAUUUAAUUUUUGCACUUCCCGUACGGUCCCCGCUGUUCGGUCAGUUCGGCAUCUCGGCACCCCCAGGCGUCCCUUGCGAGGCUGGGCAGGGAUGAGGACAGACAGACUCCCGAGGGACACGGACACUCCGGCCCGCCAGGUCCCGUAGGGUUCUGCACUAAAACGUGAGUUAGCAUGGAAAUGCACUGUCCGCCCCUUGGAACGUGUUGCCCUUUGCUGUACAAGCUGACGGAGAUCAGCGAGUUGUCAUUAAAGAGAG